CAAAUAAAAUUAAAUUUAAUUACAAAAUCAGACCAAUAUAUAAAUAUCAAAUGGUUUAGGUCUAAUUCCCACUUAUAUUAGUUGAAUUUCACCCUCGUUUUGGUCAUUUUUUGUAGUCUCUAACGGCCUCUUUUUAUUUUAGUCCCUUUCUUACCUUCCUAUCUUCCCCUGUUUUUUGCUUUAUAUACCUGAAGAUCAUUAUAUCCUUCUCUAACUUGUAACCAUACAUCCUCCUCUACCUUUCUCUCCAAAGUUCCUUCUUCUUUCAUUCAUACAUUUCAUCAAACACAUACUGUGCAUUUAAAAAAACAACAGCACGAUAAUUUCUUCAUCAUUAUUAACAAUGGCGGUCUGCCAUACCCGUGAUACCGAAAGCUCACAAAACGAUUCCACUUCCACUUCUUCAUCUGAGUUAACUCACUCUUCUCCCAACUCACCAAUAACUCGUAAUGAGUGUCUCCGAGUCAUCAACUAUAAUACCAAGAGAAAAAGAGAGAGUAAUAAACGCCCAGUUUACAGAGGAGUUCGAAUGAGAGCUUGGGGAAAAUGGGUUUCUGAAAUUCGUGAACCCAGAAAAAGAUCUCGUAUAUGGCUUGGAACUUUUGAAACACCUGAAAUGGCGGCGCGUGCACACGACGUUGCUGCGCUUUGUAUUAAAGGUAACUCGGCGAUUCUUAAUUUUCCUGAACUGACUGAGUUACUCCCACGACCUGCCUCGAGUUCACCUCGUGAUGUUCAAGCUGCUGCUGCGUUAGCGGCGGCGAUGGAGUAUCAUGCGCCUGAAGUUACCUCGUCUUCUUCGUCGGAAGUUAAUGGGCCAGAAGAAGAGCUGAGUCAAAUAGUUGAGUUACCGAGUUUGGAAGAUGAAGGUAGUGACUCAGCUGAGUCGAAGGCUGAGUUAGUGAUGAUUGACUCGGUUGAGAAAUGGCUUAACUUACCUGAUUGGACGGAGGAGAUUGGUUUUAAUGGUUGCUUGUAUGAAUCAACGGCUGACGUUUUAUUGGCUGAUUGGAUUACUGAUUAUAAAUUUUGUCUAUAGAAAAACUUUUUUUUUUUCUCAAAAAUGUUUUCCUCUCUGUUAUGGGGGGUUAAAACUUUUUUGGUCAUACAUCAUACCUAAACUUUUUUUAUUUUCUAAUUCUAAUUCUUUUAUGGUAGAAGUAGUUUGUAUAAUUAUAAUUCUACAGCCAGUAUUUGAGUUUUAGGAUAAUUUUUUAUGUGUGAGUAUGAUACUUUUUUUUGUAUAAAAAUGUUCAUGAAUGUAAAAAUAGGGUUGUUUUAAGUGAAAGUUAGUCUCAUUUACUAAUUAUGAAAUAGGUGAAAACAACGUUAAUGAUCUAAAACGGAUCAUUUGACCCAAAUCUUUAAGUCAACAUGUUAGGUGUUCUAUCAAAUAUUCACGUAGAUCAAUGCUUAGAGGUAUCGGUGAAUUCUG